GCCUGCUCUUUGGGUGAGUUGGACUUCAUUCACUGAAGACAAGGGUUGAACCUGGGACCCUCAGCCUCCAUCAUGUGGAACGUCUCAGAUGUCAACUUCUCCUGCUACCACGAGUCUGUGCUGGGCUACCGUUACUUUGCAGUUAGCUGGGGGGUGGUGGUAGCUGUGACAGGAACCGUGGGCAACGUGCUCACCCUGCUGGCCUUGGCCAUCCAGCCCAAGCUCCGAACCCGCUUCAACCUGCUCAUUGCCAACCUCACCCUGGCAGAUCUGCUCUACUGCACGCUCCUGCAGCCCUUCUCCGUGGACACAUACCUCCACCUCCACUGGCGCACCGGCGCCACCUUUUGCAGAAUAUUCGGGCUCCUCCUCUUUGCUUCCAACUCGGUCUCCAUUCUCACCCUCUGCCUCAUCGCUCUGGGACGCUACCUCCUCAUUGCCCACCCCACGCUCUUUCCCCAGGUUUUCAGUGCCAAGGGGAUCGUGUUGGUGCUGGUGGGGACCUGGGUGGUGGGGAUAACCAGCUUUGUCCCCCUCUGGCGUGUUUUUGUUUUGGUGCCCGUGGUCUGCACCUGCAGCUUUGACCGCGUGCGAGGUCGGCCUUACACCACCGUUCUCAUGGGCAUCUACUUUGUGCUUGGGCUCAGUAGCGUGGGCAUCUUCUAUUGCCUCAUCCACCGCCAAGUGAAGCGAGCAGCUCGAGCGCUGGACCAGUACCGGCUGAGGCAGGCCAGCAUCUGCAACCACCACGUUACUGAGAUGGAUGAGGCCAUGCCUGGACACUUCAGGGAGCUAGACAGCGGGGUCGCAUCGAGAGGGCCCAGCGAAGGGAUCUCAUCUGAGCCAGUCAGUGCUGCGACCACGCAGACCUUGGAAGGGAACUCAUCAGAAAUAGGGGGCCAGGGCAACAGAAAGGCAGCUCAGCAGACGGCAGAAAAAGGACCUCCAGAAGAGCGUCCCAAGGCCCAGGCAGGAGCGCGCAGAGCCGCGGACUCCCCUUCAGAGUUCGGGAAGGUGACUCGCAUGUGUUUUGCUGUGUUCCUCUGCUUUGCGCUCAGCUACAUCCCUUUCCUGCUACUCAACAUUCUGGACGCCAGGGGCCGCGCUCCGCGGGUAAUCCACAUGGUGGCAGCCAACCUCACCUGGCUCAAUGGCUGCAUCAACCCAGUGCUCUACGCAGCCAUGAACCGCCAGUUCCGCCACGCAUACCGCUCCAUCCUGAAACGCGCGCCCCAGAGUUUCCGACGACUGCGUUAGAACUGGGAGCCCAGACCAGCACGGACUCUUCUGGAAUCUGGGUGGCUCCUGGAGGGAGAACAGGUGACCAUCAAUCCGUGGACAUUUUCACAGACAACCUCUGCUUUCCCCACACGGCUUCCCCAUUCAGGAAUUCAUAACUCAGCCCUGGGCCGCCCGUGGAAUGUCUGUUCAUUAUUAAUAAAUGCAUUA